AUGCGGCUGCGGAGACGCGGCCCAGAGGCCGCUCCCGCUUCCUCCAGCGCGGGGGCCGGCGAUGCGCGGUGGCUGGCGCCCCCGGGGCGGAACCCAUUCGUGCACGAGCUGCGCUUCAGCGCCCUGCAAAAGGCCCAGCUCACCCUCAUGACGCUGACCCUUUUCCCCAUCCGGCUCCUGUUUGCCGCCUUCAUGAUGCUGCUCGCCUGGCCCCUUGCCUUUGUGGCCUCCUUGGGAUCUGCUGAGAAAGAGCCCGAACAGCCUCUGGCCUUGUGGCGGAAGGUCGUGGACUUUCUGCUCAAGGCUAUCAUGCGGACCAUGUGGUUUGCCGGAGGCUUCCACUGGGUGGCCGUGAAGGGGCGGCAGGCCCUGCCCACUGAGGCGACCAUCCUGACCCUGGCGCCACACUCCUCAUAUUUCGAUGCCAUUCCUGUGACCAUGACCAUGUCGUCCAUUGUGAUGAAGGCAGAGAGCAGGAACAUCCCGGUAUGGGGAACUCUCAUCAAAUACAUCCGGCCGGUGUUCGUGUCCCGCUCAGACCAGGACUCACGCAGGAAGACCGUGGAGGAGAUCAAGAGACGGGCACAGUCUGGUGGGAAGUGGCCACAGAUAAUGAUUUUUCCAGAAGGUACUUGCACCAACAGAACCUGCCUGAUCACCUUCAAGCCCGGUGCAUUCAUCCCUGGAGUUCCUGUCCAGCCCGUGGUCUUACGGUACCCAAACAAGCUGGACACCAUCACAUGGACAUGGCAGGGACCUGGAGCGUUGGAAAUCCUGUGGCUCACACUUUGUCAGUUUCACAAUCAGGUGGAAAUUGAGUUCCUACCAGUGUACCAUCCCUCCGAGGAGGAGCAGAGAAACCCAGCGCUCUAUGCCAGCAACGUGAGGCGCAUCAUGGCAAAGGCCCUGGGCGUCCCUGUCACAGAUUACACCUUUGAGGACUGCCAGCUGGCCCUGGCAGAAGGACAGCUCCGUCUCCCCUCGGAUACUUGCCUUCUGGAAUUUGCCAGGCUUCUGCGAGGCCUUGGGCUGAAGCCAGAAAAACUUGAAAAAAAUCUGGGUAAAUAUGCAGAAAGUGCCAAACUGAAGAGCAGUGAGAAGACCAACUUGUCAGAGUUCUCGGCGUACUUGGAGGUCCCCUCAUCCGACACGCUGGAAGCCAUGUUCUCCCUGUUUGACGAGAACGGCAGCGGCAAGAUAGACCUGCGGGAAUACGUGAUCGCCCUGUCCGUGGUCUGUAGACCAUCCAGGACUCUGGACACCAUACAGCUGGCGUUUAAGAUGUACGCACCGCAGGAGACUGGCUGUAUAAACGAGGGGGACCUGUCGUGUAUUCUGAAGACGGCCUUGGGCGUGGCGGAGCUUUCUGUGACUGACCUCUUCAGAGCCAUCGAUGAGGACAAGAAGGGUCAAAUCUCCUUUGCUGACUUCACCAGAUUCGCAGAUACCUACCCCGACUUUGCAGAGGAGUAUCUGUAUCCGGACCAGACAAAUUUCGAAAGCUGCUCCCAGACUCCGUCAGCACCAACCCCCAAUGGCCUGUGUACUGACUUCAGCCCCGAAAGCACUGACCCCGGGGGGGCACCACUCCAUCGGAAGCUGGACUAG